AUGCCGGACGAACUCGAGGAGAACGGAGCCGAGGUCUCGGAUGCCAUGUCGGACAAUGAGCAUGAGUACGAAGACGAUCUUGCUGUGAAAGACGAAGACGACAAGAUGGCCGAGACAAACGACUCAACCGACAACAAUGGCGAGGUCAAGAAGAAGUAUGACCCUAAAGACCCCUUGCGCCCACGGCGGAAGAAGGCCAGGAGAGCAUGCUAUGCUUGCCAGCGAGCUCAUUUGACGUGCGGAGAUGAACGACCAUGUCAACGAUGCAUCAAGCGUGGCUUGGCCGAUGCCUGUCAGGACGGCGUACGCAAAAAGGCGAAAUAUCUCCACGAUGCACCUCCUGAAGCCUUGCGACCUGUUCUGGGCCCAAAUUACAACCCGAACCCAACGCCGGCCCGCCCAAACGGUCAACGACAGCACAGCAAUGCCUCAGAGACGGCCUCCACAGCCGGGAGCACCUACUUUUCGCAAAGUACCGCCUCGACCACGUUCCCAGUGUACUCUGGUUCGCAGACACCUGUGGGCCUUCCCGAGGGACUCACUUUCCCGCAAGCGUCGCCAGUCUCGCCUUCAUUCACUCAGCCAGCCUCCAACAACCAGCGACCUAAUACGAUGGGAGGCAUGAUCUCGCCUCAGAUCUCUGGGGAUCCAUUGAGUUUCAAUACACUCUUCGACCCCAGCAACCCCGCCAUCUUCAACUUUGACUUGGAAGGCCUCAACUUCGGCAGCCAGUAUGGUGCCAUGGAGUUUGGCAUGUUGGGCCACAUGUCUCUGGGGCUGGGGAGACACCACCGCGCGACCCUUCUCUUUCUGGACCAAGCAGCGGCGACAUCAACUUUGGGUCCGCCGGUGUCUUUGUCAACAGCAACGGCCAGUAUGGUCAAUCCUAUGAUGGCAUAG